AUGAAAGGAUUUGAUUAUAACAAGAAUGAUACGGAGGAUUCAUCAGAUGAUUCUGAUAUUGACGUUAUACAGCAAGUUGAUAAUAAUCAGAAUGAUAUACAUUGUUUAACAAGAUAUUUAAAUAUCAAUUCAGAUGAUGAAGAAAGUGAUAAAGGACCAAUAGACAACGAAAAUGAACAGUCAGUAUCAGCGGAUGACAAUAAGUUAAAUGAUGAUCCACAACAACCUUUAACGACCAAUACUGCUGCUUCAAUCACUACUUCAUCAAUAACAACAGUAAACCAGCGUGAACUGUCUCCAACAGCUGAUGAAGCAAAGUCUAAAAAUACUGCACCUGGUACUGGAAAAACAUAUUUAGCUAAAGCCAUUGCCGGAGAAUGUAAUUGUACAUUUAUAUCUGUUAGUUCGCUGGAUUUACUAUUAAAAUGGCUUGGUGGUAGUAGAAAAACUGUUCCAUAUUUAUUUGAAUUAGCUCGAGAAAGACAGCCAACUAUUUUAUUUAUUCAUGACAUUGAUCUUUUAUAUUCAACAAGGGAUGAAUCAGAAGAAGAUAAACAGAAUAGAAUACGAUUUCUUUUACAAAUCCAAGAUGUUACGACUAUGCAUCAUAGUAUAAUUCUACUUGCAGCCACUAAUACCCCGUGGACACUGCAUUCAUCUGUUCUUCGACAGUAA